AUGAUUGCACAAGAUUUGACAAUAUUUACAGGGAAUUAAUUAAAUCUAUAGAAUGUACUAAUUUUAAGUUUAUUUUAGUUUGCAAAAGAUCUAUUAAAUUAAUUACCAGACCUUAGAAACUUGUUUUUUUCAACUUAUUAUGGAGAUGUUUGCUCCAUAAUUAAUUAAGAAAAUGACUCUAAUUGUUAUAAAAUAAUUGAAGGUAAUCUUCAGUUAGGCAUAUAUAAUGUUGAAUAAUACUAUUUAUAGUAUUUUAGAAAUGAAACUCUACAUGAAAUAGAGUAUAAUGAGUAAAUCUAUGAGAUUGAUUAAUCUUUGUUUAAUUACAUAAAGUAAGCUGUUUCUAAGAUAACAGACUUUGAAUUAGAUUUUAUGACAAAUCAGAUGUCAUCAACUCUAACCAUUUAACUGAUUUUAGUCAUAAUCUACAUAUUGAUAUUAGAAUUAGUAGUCUCAGUUAUAUGGUAUUUAUUUUUACAGAAAUUAAACAUUCAAGUAUAGUUAAUAAAAAUUAUAAUAGAUCAACUUAAACAUUUAGAUGCUCAAUAUGAUACCAAUGAAAGUAGUUGAGAACAAUCGUAAAAUCAGAACAUUUAUUAGAUAAUGUAUCAAAAAGUUAGAGCUAGAGAACACUUGA